AUGGUCACCUGCCUUUGCGUGAGUCUGAUCAAGAGGUAUGUGGACUCUAUAGCGAACUCUAUAGUCAAUGUUCUCAAUUUGGAUCUUGUCGAAUUCCCCGAAGGACAUGUUGUCACAUCAGUCUACGAGUUUAGGGUAAGGGAAAUGGAUCAAGUUUUUGAUGGUCUUCGAGCAACUGUUGCUGGUGUGCACAGAGAAAUGAAGGAAGAGUUGGACAAAAGUAAAAAAGAAAUCGAGAAAGUAGAUAGCACGCUGAAGAGCCUUCUUACAGUCAA